UCUACACCAGCGCUGACGCGGAGCUGUAACAGGGGCCGAAGGGGCAUAAAAUCGGCGGCUCGUGCUGGAGCAACGGUGCGGGAGAAGAUGUCUACUCUGAGCUCUUGAUCAAUAAGAUGGAAGAAAUCCAGGGAAGUGGAAAAGCCAAUUUAGGAGUAGGGGACUCGCCAGCAGUUUCAUCUUCCAAAGACGUGGGAUCUUCUUCUAACCUGCCGCCAGCACCAGCUCCAGCUCCAGGAGAUGGGACCCCGGAAGGUGGUUGGAAAAAGAAAGAGCCAGAGAGUCUCCGGCUAUUGACUGAAGCGAUGGAGGGAUGGAAGAAUAAACAAGAAGAAAUAAACAAAAAAUUCAUGGAAAGUUUUGAGAAUCUUGGGAAAGAUCUGUCACAGAUGCAGCACGAUACUGUAACAUUCAAAAGCUCGAUUGAUCAAGUCAAAACGGGCAUCGAGAGACGGGCUUCCGCCGACAAGAUACAGCGUUUGAAGCCCACAGUUUUGACAGCCACUUCUAAGUCAUUCAAGGACGUAUCUAAUUCCAAAGACCUUCAGCAGUAGAGAAGCGAGCUGCGGUGGACCACUUCCGUCACAGACAAUUCCUAGUUGAUGCAGCCAGCUUCCUAUCGGUGACACGAGACGGUAUGAAGCCAAGGAGAACUCAAUCAAAUGCAAUUCGGUGAGAAUGAAAAGAACCAUGGUCGACAGAAGAACGUGACCGUACAGAGUUGUUCUUGUCGUUGCCUCUAUCGGAGAUUCAUCUCCCGGUUACGACAUUCUCAGUACACCCUGAGUUGGGAGACCAGAUUUGUAGGCAAAUCUGCUUCGUCUACGCAAAUCCUUGCAUAGACAAUGCAGUAGACACAUUGUUGAUUCGUGUCCUCCAUUGAAGUUUAAAUAGCUUCAGAUUUUGGUCGAAAUCGUAGGGUUCACUACCACGACGGGAUCAUUGUCGCCAUUGCGAAUGCCAAUAUUGGCGGAUGAAGUAACCCUUGACGAAAACCAUGAAUCCUUUACGGGUGCGUGCCUCGUACAAACGAGACCUUGCUGACUCCUCAACGUGGGGUCUAUUUGGUGUGUUGAUGUAAUCUUUAUAAGUAGCAGGAGAAGAUUAGUAAGAACAUGGAGAAAAGAAACCCAUGAUUACCAUACGGUGAUUGGUUGGUGAAUGAAGUCCUUAUAUUUCUGGACGUACCUUCGCUAACAGAACCUUGAGCUUUUGAGAUGUGAGAAAUUGUUAAGUGAGUCUCUGAGUAGGUGAAUGUUGGACACGAUCGAUAGUCAUAAGCUUCCACGUAUGUAACGUGUGUGAAGAGCUCUAUGGCGUGGAAAAAUAACUGAACCAAAAAUAGUGACGUCUGUAGGGAACCACAGACCCUCUAGUGUAAAUAGUAAACAAUGAGAGGACUCCACUGACACGUGGCAUUGAGCAUCUCACAGCAAAUUAAGUGUAGACCGCUGAAAGUGGACAUCGUCAUGCAAAACGCAGUUUUUACUAAUCAGCUCGAGCAAUAAUUGCACAAGACUUGUUUUC